CGCAGAAGGGCAGUCAGAGCGGCACAACGAUGGCGUCGAUAGAGACGCUUGCCGGGGAAACGCUGCAUACUCUGGCUGCACGGCUGAGAAGCACGGCGGAGGACCAGGCCGCGGCCUGCCCCGAUUGCUUGACAGUCGCGAGGCAGAUGACCGGCCUCUUCCGGGAGACGGCACACAGGGAAGCAGCAACCAAAAGCUUAUUCCAAAAUCUCCAGCAGACUUUGCUGAAAAUCUCACAUGAAAUUGCCGUGGUCUGCAAGGACACCAGGAAAUUAGUACAUCUAGAUGCAUAUUUACUGCUGCUGUCGGAAUGUUUCAGAUGCCUACGGAAUGCCUGUAUUCAGUGUGAGAAUAAUCAGAAUAUAAUGAGGAACUUGGGUCUGAUUGAUGUAUCUGUCCACCUGAUCCAGUUGCUUCAGAACUUAAAAACUGAUUUGGAGUCAUUUGUGAUAGCUUUUCGUUGUAGCUUCCAGUUUCUUGGAAAUAUUGCAACAGGAAACAAAGAUUCCCAGAACAGGAUUUGGGAGCUUGCUUUCCCUUCUGUUUUCUUGAAUUGCUUAAAUUAUCAGGAUGAGAAAAUUGUUUCGUAUUGCUCUAUGGUUCUUUUCACUUGCCUGAACCCUGAAAGAAUGAUAGAACUGCAAGAAGAAAACAACUUGAAUGUUGUCCUUGCUAUUCUGCAAGCCUCCAGAAGAUACCCUGAAUCAGAAUGGGUGUUCUUGAUUGUUACCAACCAUUUGCUGAAGUGCCCGGAGUUGGUCAAUGCCAUGUAUGCCAAACUGAGCAAUCAAGAAAGGACUAAGUUCUUAGAAUUAAUAUUACCAGAAAUGAAUGAAAAUGAUUCAGUCAUGAAUAAAGAAAUUGCCAGAUUUCUUGCAUGCUGUUUUGAGGAGAAAUGUCAUGCUGUGCUGAAAUUGGCUUCUGCAACAAAUGAAGCUGAUAAGGAAGCGCUAGUCACAAUACAGCUGCUUGAUCUUUUGUGUGAAAUGACAUCACAUGUUGGACAACUGGAGUGCUUGCAGGCGUGUCCUGAUUUGCUCAAAAUGACUGUUAAUACUUUGCAACUUGUACAUCUUUCUGGGAAACAGAACACAAACAUCUUCACAGCGACUCAUUCUGCAACAGGGCAAGAGCAAAAGUCUCACCCAGCUGUGGGCUUUAAAGCACAUCUAAUUCGUUUAAUUGGAAAUUUAUGUUACAAGAAUAAGGCUAACCAAGACAAGGUGUAUGACUUAGAUGGAAUCCCUUUGAUCCUGGAUAACUGCACUAUUGAUGACAAUAAUCCUUUUGUAAGCCAGUGGGCAGUGUACACAAUCUGUAACCUCACUGAAGAGAAUGAAAGAAAUCAAGAGUACAUUGCAAAGAUGGAACGGCAAGAACUGGCCAACAAUUCUGUUCUUGAAAGUAUGGGACUGAAAGUAGAGCAGCGAGAUCAGAAGCUGCUUUUGAAGUCUGUCAGAAAGAUGCCAAACCUGUAAAUGACUAGAAUGUAAAGGAUGCUGUAAAGGACAAAUGCUCUGUUGUGAAUGUGAUAUAAAUACAGAAUAAAGAAAACUUUUGACUAGUU